AUGGUGUGGAACGAGAUUGAGGAGGAUAGGGAGGAUGAGGCGCACAAAGAUUAUGGGAUGGAGAUGAGGUGGGGUGAAGAAAUGCGCAUCUCGCCGUGGUUAACGGAUGAGGGCUCGACUCGCGUCACGGAGAUGGGGAAGCAUUAUAUUCAUCACUCGUUUCCUGGCGACCCAUUCGAUCACGAAAUUUUUGGGCUCGUCGGCAUAUACCUAAGAAAAUAA